AUGUCAAUAACUACGGACAAGCAGAUAUCAUUAGGAAGGAAUAUUACACUUAGUCCUCAAAUUCAAAGAAUUGCUUUGUGUGACGAAGUAUCUAACGAAAUUAAUGGUUAUGGGAUAUGUCAGAAAAUUAUAAUUGUGAAAGCUUGCUUUAGAGCAAGAAAACAAAUUCAAGCAAAAAGAUUUAUUUACCGCUUGAAGGAGAUGCAAUAA